GCCUCUCUGAGCCGCCGGUUUCAGCGAAGCAGAGGCGCCAUCUUAAGAGUCAGAGUGAGUGUCAGCUUUCUCCUGAAAUAACACGCUAAAGACCUUGGAAUUACAAUCGCAGCUCCACGACCAGGCAGGACGUCAACAUGUAUCCGGCCACCUUGACACACAUUGCCCGGGCCAAUCCAUUCAGUGCCCCCCUGUUCAGUCUCCAGAAAGUGGAAGAACCCCAGCAGAGCGUCAGUGGACAGAAGACACGCCGACUAGCAGCUGCUGCGACCGCUGAUGAGGGCGACAGUUGCGAGUUCGGCUCUCAGAAGUACCUGGUCCUGUGUGGAUUUGGUGGCAUUCUGAGCUGUGGCACCACACACACAGCCGUUGUUCCCCUUGAUCUGGUCAAAUGCAGAAUGCAGGUGAACCCAGAUAAAUACAAGAGCAUCGGAAAUGGAUUUGCCGUGACAGUGAGGGAAGAUGGCUUCAGGGGACUGGCCAAGGGCUGGGCCCCCACCUUCAUCGGCUACUCCAUGCAGGGACUGUGCAAGUUCGGCUUCUAUGAAGUGUUCAAGAUCUUCUAUGCUGAUCUGCUGGGAGAGGAGAAUGCUUAUUUGUGGAGGACAUCCUUGUACCUGGCCGCCUCCGCUAGUGCAGAGUUCUUUGCCGACAUCGCUCUGGCUCCUAUGGAGGCUGCUAAAGUCCGAAUCCAGACCCAGCCAGGCUAUGCCAACACACUGAGGGAGUGUGCCCCUAAGAUGUUUGCUGAGGAAGGUCUUUGGGCCUUCUAUAAGGGUGUGGUGCCCCUCUGGAUGAGGCAGAUCCCCUACACCAUGAUGAAGUUCGCCUGCUUUGAGAGAACAGUGGAGAUGCUCUACAAGUAUGUGGUUCCUAAGCCUCGCAGCGAGUGCUCCAAGCCUGAGCAGCUGGUGGUCACAUUUGUGGCUGGUUACAUCGCCGGUGUGUUCUGUGCCAUCGUGUCCCACCCUGCUGACUCUGUGGUGUCUGUGCUGAACAAGGAGAAGGGCAGCACUGCUGUUCAGGUGCUUAAGAGACUGGGACCUAAAGGUGUGUGGAAGGGUCUAGUGGCCCGUAUCAUCAUGAUCGGUACUCUGACCGCUCUGCAGUGGUUCAUCUACGACUCCGUCAAGGUCUACUUCCGUCUGCCCCGCCCCCCUCCCCCUGAGAUGCCCGAGUCCCUGAAGAAGAAGCUGGGUCUCACAGAGUAACCCACCACACACCUCCUCCUGCAACCACCUCCACAGUGCACACAGCAGUUUUCUAUAUUUAAGUCUCCAGCUCCUGCUGCUUCACUGAGCGGGACUGUGCCCCAACGUGUAUAUUUAAAUACAAACGCAAGAUGGCGCUGUUGCUCUCAGGCAGACGAUAUUCCUGUGUAGAAACUCCUGUCUGGUUUUAUCAAUUCCUGUCAUGAUAGAAUGAAUUAAAGAAUUCCAUGUAAGACACUCA